AUGUCCGACGACGGUCUUUCCCCAGUUUACGCCCCCUUCUUCGGCGUCCUCGGCACCGCUUCGGCCAUCGUCUUCAGCAGUCUCGGCGCGGCAUAUGGCACGGCCAAGUCGGGCACGGGCAUCGCCGCGAUGGCCGUCAUGCGACCGGAGCUCAUCAUGAAGUCGAUCAUUCCCGUGGUCAUGGCGGGUAUCAUUGCCAUCUACGGCCUGGUGGUGGCGGCCAUCAUCGCCAACCAGCUGGAGGAGGGCGGGAAGAAGGACGGCUACAAGCUCUUCAAGGGCUUCCUCCACCUGGGCGCUGGCCUCUCCGUGGGUCUGUCCGGCCUGGCGGCAGGCUUCGCCAUCGGCAUAGUCGGCGACGCGGGCGUCCGCGGCACGGCCCAGCAGCCACGUCUCUUUGUCGGCAUGAUUCUCAUUCUCAUUUUCGCGGAGGUGCUGGGUCUCUACGGGCUGAUCGUCGCCCUUGUGCUCGCCACCAAGCAGUAG